AUGUCUGACAACGUGAAGGAGCAGGUCUACAAACUGGCCAAGAAGGGCCUGCCUCCCUCACCAAUCGGUAUGAUCUUGAGAGAAUCACACAGUGUUGCACAAUGGAGGAGGCUCCUGGGAAUGCAGAUGAUUGAGGAGCUGGCCCGGGACCCUCCACGCCUAGACUCCCUUGAUGAAACACCGGGGCAGGAUGGUGGCACAACUGUGGUGAUGGGUGCCCGGCUCAGUGCAAAGAGCAGUUUAAAUAUAAAUCAGUCCUGGACACAAACAGAGCCUCAGCGAGUCUCAGAGCCAUCACCGGAACUGAGAGCCCAGGUUUUCGGCGAGUGCAAACACGCAGAGACCGGCUCUGUAAAUCUCCCAGACCGCAUCGGGAGGGGCGCGGAAGCUCCCCCUCCCUUCACAAACGUCGGCUCCCCUCCAACCACCCUGGCUCCCGUUGGCUCCCUCAGCGCCCCUCGCCCCCGCCUCCUGUCUCCUACCCUCGUAGCCCUGCCCAUCCCUUCUCUGGCCCCUUCGAGUCUGCGGGGCCCGCGGCGCCCACCCUGCCCCGCCAGCGCCCCGGGUGCCCCCACGCUCCGCAACCGGCCGCCUCCCCCUGCAGACCUCCCUCUCCCCGGCCCGCCACCCCCCGCCCCCACGCUCCGGCGGGCGGGACCUUCUCCCGGGGCGGUCGAGCCUUGCGGGUCCCAGCCCCCCAGCUGCGGGAGCAGAGGCAACUUCGGCCGGAAAGAGGUCCAGCGCCGCCGGCCACCGCGUCACACCUGUCUGAGGGGGCGGCGGCGGCGGGGCGGGGGCGCGCAGCGCCUUUGA